AUGGCCGACACCUUGCAAACAAACGGUAAAGCGACUGCUCUCGCUAUAGGAGGUAAUCGGAUGUCGACACGUUCCACGCGUAAAAAGAAGACUACGAUGUUGUCGCCGAAGAAAUUCUGCGAUUUUGCGGGAGUAGCCGAAUUGUACAAAGAAUACUAUUUGGAGUCGCCGACAUUCAUCAACUAUUUCCGGGCACCAAAAGAGAAGAACGCUUCGGAAAGUGUCUGGCUGUAUGAUCAAACUCGUGUCAUCGUUCCUGAUCUCGAGUAUUAUCAUGCGUCGUGGGUUGAUGGUUUGAGACCAAACCAGUACAUUCUGGCUCAAGCACCCCGUGACGAAGCCGCUGCCAAAGAUUUUUUCAAAAUGGUGGAUCAUGUGAAGGCGGAAGCGAUUAUCAUUGUGGAAUCUUCAGAUGAUUUCUCGAGUCAAAUCGCACCAAAGUUUGAAAAAUUGCAAACAAAGAAGGGAGAGAAGGGCACUGAUGAUUUAUCCACUGCAGUUAUCAAGGAUCAUGGAAAAAAUCUGAAGGCAGUCAAAUUCAAUCGUGCAGAUCAAAUGGCUCCGGCAGAAUUGGUGGAGAUGGUGGAGAGAACACGCAAGUAUUUGGGAAGCCCGUUGAAGGGACCAACUGUUAUCAUCUGCAGAGAUGGAGCUACCAGAUGCGGCGUGGUGGCAUUCAUUGACCUUGAAUGCGAUCGUUUGACGAAAUACGGAAGAGUGAAGCAUGGGGACACGAUCAAAGCGAUUCGUUUCACUCGAUGCAACACAUUUGACACAUUCGAAGCUUACGACUUUGCGAUCAACUCGCUAGUCGAAUUGUGCCAUAAGCAGAAGAAGAAGUAG